AUGGCCCAAUUAAGUUUGUCAACGACAGCUGCGGAUGGCAUCAGGUCUAUGGUGAGGCCAUACGUCGUUGGUGAUGCUGUGUUCCAGACAGCGAGGCCAUCUGGCUUAUCAGCCUUUCGUUUCACGCUGGAGCUUUACGACAUCAAAACAGCUCUCAAGCAACUACCAGAAAUCUUACAAGCGGACCAGCCUACAUUCUUGUCCAUGGUGUAUUCUUUCGACAACAGCAUGCGAUCUGUUGUUAUAAUCGCAAAGAAUAUGAAACUCUGGCAGCUUUGGGACCAGGACCCGUUACCAACCCACAUUCGCAGCCGAACAGUUUUGAUUGGCGAUGCGGCGCAUGCGAUGGCGCCUCACCAAGGACAGGGCGGAACACAGGCUGUUGAAGAUGGAGAGGGUUUCAGAAUGUUCCUUCAGAAAUGCGUUACUAGUGAACAUGUUCCUGAGCUCCUGAAAGACUUUGAUUCUGUCCGCAAGCCAGAUCCAGAAUAA